AUGGGUCUCACUUCGCAGCGCAUGAUGGUACCAUUCGUUGCCUUUUCUUUCGCUCUUCCCAGCGUUUCUGCCUUUUUGGUUUCGCCAUCCCGACUCAAGACAGCAACGACAACCCAACCAACUCAGUCCCUGGUGAACACACACUAUUUGAACGGCCUUUCCGGGACUUCUGACAAGUUUUUCUUUGCAGCAAGUGCUAAGGAAGAUGAAGAGAACAGUGGCACAGAAGAAGAAGAUAAUGAGAACGAAUGGCAUCCCAGAGAUUCCGCGGAGACAACCCCCCAGCUCUUGAAGGCCAUCUGGGAUCAAAUUGCUCGAGGAAAUGCCAUGGUCAAGGGCGACGAAGAGACGGUACUGUAUCCUAAUAUGGAAGACAAGCUGAAUACCCCCCAAUUUUUCAAUAUCCUGCUAGGUCAUUUGGACUCUUGCAAAGAUGUCUGUGAUUAUUAUGGAAUCACCACCGUGUUGGUACCUUACAGAAAAGAAGGAGGGAGAAUCGUUGGCUUCACCGUCAAAUCUUACAGAAACCCUGAUAAGGAUUACGAUUCUUUUGAGUUUGACUACGACCCUUUUUGGGAUGACGGAACUGAUUUUGAAAAGCUCUACGAUGGAAUUGAUGAUGAAUUGGAAACCGAAACCAAAAAGAAACUCAAUUUGCCAGAGAUUGUGGAUAAGAUACCUGAUGAUGACGACAAAAUCAUUGAUGUGACAAAGGUAUGGGUGGCCAAAAUAAUGUCAGACAUGGGUAUUUGCCCGUUUACAAACGGUGCCGAAAUGGCUGGUUUGCCCAUGGGACCCGUCUUUUAUACGGUAGAUCGGGCUACAGCCUUUGAAAACAUGUAUGCUCGGUAUUGGAAAGAAGUGGUCCGCAUUGAACAGGAAAGUGAAAAGGAAAUUUCAACAACCCUCCUUAUUGCACCUGAGUUUUACAUUGAUAACGUCGAGCUCUUUGAAAGUUUCAGCAACACACUGACACAACCAUUGACGGCGCUCGGAGUGGAGGAUUUGCUGCAGUUGGUCUUUUUCCAUCCCCAAUGGAGCUUUCGCGAUGGUGGCGCACGAGCCGGUGGCGGCGAAGCGGCCAACUAUGCCCGUCGCUCUCCCUGGCCAAUGAUCAAUAUUCUUCGUACGAAGCAGGUGCGAGCAGCUCAAAAGGGAAUUCCCACCGGCUUGGUGUACAAACAAAACGAAAAGACAUUGGGAGCUGUGGGUUCUCAUCAGUUGGAAACCAUGCUCCGACUGCGGAAUUGGGAUGAGAUUGCCGAUGUCAAAGUUGACAGGAGAGAAAUGGAUGCCUUGCGAGUGGCCAAAGAAUUCCAGGAAUCUGGCAAUGUUAAGGUCGAAGAUCAGUCGUUUGCCAAUGACGCCACACCAGCCGCCAACAAGGUCGAGUCAUCCCAGGUCGAACAAGGCGACCUUGUCAAGGUGGUACAGGAUGCCCUGAACAAGCGCUUGGGCAAGUCCGGCGAGCCAAUGGUGGCAUUGAGUGGCCCCGAAACCAGUGCCACUGCCAUGGCAGUGGACUUUCUCAUGAAAGAGUUGGAGAGGAUAGAACAAACCGGUCCCGCCACCACCCAAAGUGGUCAGGAUGCCCAAAAGAUGGCAGCGGCCAGGGCAGCUCUCCUGGAAGACUUUCAGGACAGCGAGGACGAAGAAACGGGGGAUGAAGAGAUGAGUGCUCUAUUUGGCAAAAGCGGCAUCGCCGAAGCAUAA